UAAAGAUUGUGUCGGUAUUAUUACACCUAAACAAAAAAUGAUAACUAAUUACCCAUAGAAUCUGUUAUAUAUACAUAUGCUAAAAUGUGUGCUCCUCAACUCAUUCAAGACUCCAUAACAUUUUCAUUAGAUUCCUCAAAAUAUUAUUAGCUUCUGAUUGUAAAUUGUUUAAGCCCUUUGGGGCUUUCAUGAUUUAACUGAAGGAUUGUGAAUAGGUUCCAAAAUGAGGGCAAAUAUCGCUUAUAAUCAUGGUUUAUUUUUAAUGUCUUUAUUUUUGUUAGUUUCAGUAAGUUUGUGCAGUGCAGGUGACAAGACAGUGUUUGAGGUUAUUGGUACAAGUGAAUGUGCUGAUUGCAAAGAGAAUAAUUUCAAGACAAGUCAGGCAUUUUCAGGUCUUCGAGUGACCAUCGACUGCAAGCUCAAUAAUGGAGACACGAAAAGUGUCGGCUCAAGCGAGCUAGACAAACGAGGCAACUUUAAGCCACCAUCAACUCCAGUUUUCGAGUCGCCGGUUUACGAGCCGCCCAAGAAGCCAUGCCCACCUACCAAACCAAAGCCUUCGAUUUAUAAGCCACCGGUUUACAAGCCGCCAGUGGGAAAGUCACCGGUGGGAAAUUCACCGACUUACAAGCCACCGGUUUAUAAGCCACCAAUCAUUGUUAAGCCAUUGCCACCACCAAUUCACUUAUAUCCAAUCCCACCAAUCACGAAGAAGCCUUGCCCGCCUUUCCCGAAAAUCCCGCCAAAAUACUUUCACCAUCCCAAGUUCGGACCUUUCCCGCCUGCGCCACCUCUAGUUCCACAUGCCUUCUGCCACAGCAAGGACCUGACUGUUAAGGUAUUCGGACAAAUACAUUGCGAAAAUUGCAUCAGGCACGAGUUUAGCAGCAUCAGCAGCCGGGCAUCGUCCGGGCUCCGUUUACUCAUACACUGCGAAGAUUCUGGAAAAACCGACACAAGUAUACAGGGAAUCGGACCAGUCGAUGCAGAAGGCAAAUUCAACAUAACUCUAUCUGCUCACAACACAACAAAAGAUGGAUACUCGAUUGAUAAUUGUUACGCAAAGUUUGAAAAAUGCCCCUUGAAAACUACCCAAACCGCAUCUCUCGAAUUCCACACCACCAAUCACAACACAGCACAAGAAGCUCACAACAGCUCAAUAAUACUAAAAUUCUCACCCAAAACAUGCCAAUCGGCCUUUUUUACACCAAAGCCCAAGUUCAUAUUUCCCCACACUUCACAAAUUCUUUCUCUCCCGAGCCCGCCAGUUUUGAUGCCCCACAACCCCUUAGUUUUCCAAAGCCCGGAAAAAACUCAAAGAAACUCAAAAACCGUUAGUCCAUCUCCAUCACCUAUCCCAAUAUAUAACAAUCCACCACAUUUUCCCCCACCCAACAAGCUAAUAUCUCCACCGUUUAUAAUACAACCACCAAAAACACCACCUCAAAACCGAGAAUCUACUCACCCGCCAACAAAGGCAUUUCAUCAAACACCUUACCUACAAAACCCAAUUCCUCCUUUUUACCCUCCCACAAACCACAAAAAACCUCACUUAGCAGCACCUACACCAAUUCAAGUACCAAAACAUCGGACAACACUCACUCCAAGCCCAAGCCCAAGCCCAAGCCCAAGCACGGGCCCAAAUCCGAGCCCGUUUCAUGACCCACUACGUCCCGGGCCCGGAAGUCCAAUCCCAACUCCUCCAAACGGGAAAAAAUCCUACCAAUCCCCACUAGUGGCUCCGGGCCCACACCUUACGCCCACGCACAGCAAAAGCCCACCAACGCCUGCACCAGCUCCAAUAUCAAAGCCUCGAAAGGCAAUUGCCCCAAGCCCGAGCCAAAACCCGAGCCCAUAUCACAACCCACCGCCACCCGAACCUGAAAACCCGACCCUGCCUCCUCCGGACCGGAUAAAACCCGAUCCGAUCCCCAGACCGCCUCCGGUCCCACAGCUGCCACCGAUUCCUCCGGUUCCGAGGAAAUAUUUCAACCCGCCCAACACAAAUCCCUCCCAACCUCCACAAUCCUCUCAUUAA